GGAAACGCAAUGGCUGUUCUUUCUUUCUUGACCACGAGUGACAAGCAGGCCUGCGACAGUUCACCAUGUUCCAGAAGCAACAAUUAGAACUUUUGCGACAAUUUGUAUCUGCUUGCCAAGCGAAACCUGAGAUUAUUCUUAGCCCCGAACUGGGAUUUUUCAAGAACUGGAUAAUCAGCUUGGGUGGAAAAAUACCAGAGGUGAAGACAAACCCACCAAAAGAACCAGAGCCAACAGUGGAUGAUGACUUAGAUGAUGUGCCUGAUCUUGAAGAUUUUCCAGAUGAAGAACCAAAAAAACCUGAAGAUGUCAAAGAGGAGGAACAAGAAGAAAGUAGUGACGAAGAGAUGGAAAGUGAUUUAGAGCUUGAGGAACUUGAUGGCCUAAUUAAAGAAGAUGAGACUGAAGGUAUUUUGGAAAUGGGGGAUGAAUCAGUAGAGGUGUCAGAUGAGAUGCGUGAUGAAUCAAAUGCCAAAAGAAGUGAAGCACAAGGAUUACUUAGUGAUGGAAACAUUGAUGGUGCUAUUAAAGCUUUUACAGAAGCUAUAAAAAAGAAUCCUUUGUCUGCAAAUUUAUAUGCAAAAAGAGCCAGUGUCCUUAUUAAGGCUAAACGUCCGAAUGCAGCAGUAAAAGAUUGUGAGAAAGCUUUAGAUAUAAACAAGGAUUCUGCCCAACCUUACAAAUGGAGAGGAAGAGCAUACAGGUUUCUGGGUAAAUACGAAGAAGCUUAUCAUGACUUUCAGACAGCUUGCCGAUUGGAUUUUGAUGAAGCUGUGAUGGAAUGGCAAAAAGAAGUAGAACCUAAUGCAAAAAAGAUAAUGGAACACAGACGUAAAUAUGAAAGGCUACAUGAAGAAAAAGAACUGAAAAGAAAAAUAAAAGAAGCUAAGAAAAGAAAGGAGGCUGCUGAGAAAGCUUAUCAAAAACAAAAAGCUGAAGAAUCAGCUCGAGCUCAAGCCGGUGGAUUUCCUGGUGGUUUUCCUGGUAUGCCAGGUGGUAUGCCUGGAGGUAUGCCGGGUGGUAUGCCAGGCGGUAUGCCAGGUGGAGGAGCCGCGGGUGGAAUGCCGGAUAUUAACGCAUUAUUUAGUGAUCCUGAGCUCAUGAGCGCUAUGCAAGAUCCAGAAGUUAUGGCUGCGUUUCAAGAUGUCAGCAAAAACCCGGCUAACAUGAGCAAAUAUGAAAGCAAUCCAAAAGUAAAACGCGUAAUUGAAAAACUCCAGUCUAAAUUUGGUGGUGCAAAGUAAACAGACCUUUUGCGCAUGCUUCUUGUACUUGACAUUAUAGCAAGGCUGAUCGUGACUUUUCAGAAGGUUAUUGGACACGCCUACAACAGUCUUUUAAAAUGACAACAUUCAAAAUUUGCUCCAGCACACCCUUUUGAGAUAAUAUUUUUCUAAUUCUACUCAUACGAAAAGAUUUAUAUGGAAAUUUA